GAGGAGCGCGUUCUGGUGCGCCAGCGUGAGAAGCUGAGCGGCCACAUUUCUAUUUCCAGGGAGAAUCAGUGAGUAAUUCAGAAGUGAUCAGUUAAUGUUGUGUUUUUAUUCCUAUUUAUUAUUUUUUGUUCCUAUCAAAUGACAAGAGAGGAACACUGCAAUAUCCAAAUUGGUUGAUAUAUCAUAACCAGAGAGACAAACAGGAGCAAAGGACCAACAACACGGAGUAAACUCCAGUAUAAUACAACGGAGGAGGAGGAGGAAAUAAAGAAAUAAAAAGGAUAUAGAUUUAAAGAAGGACUGCGGACGGGAUUUUGGUGCGACAGCCGGCAGGAAAACUUGGAGAGAAAAGUGGAGAGAUAAAGCAGAGAGGUGUUCAGGUCGACAUGCAACAUGAGUAACGACAGUAACGCAGCUGAGGGGCUUCGGCCACUCUGGAACUUCAAUGGGUCAUCAGCCAUCCAAUCAGCUGACCCGUUCUCCAACACCUCAUGCAACACGUCCUUCAAUGAUUCAACAUUCUGCUCUCCUGUGGAUGAUGGAGCAGACGCAGGAAUGUCAUACAAAGCUCUGGAGAUGUUUUUUAUUGCCUUGGUUACAGGAUCUCUGAGCUUUGUGACUGUUACAGGAAACAUUUUAGUCAUGCUGUCCAUCAAAGUAAACCGCCACCUACAAACUGUUAAUAACUAUUUCUUAUUUUCAUUAGCAUGCGCUGACUUGAUCAUCGGUGCUUUCAGCAUGAAUCUGUACACAGUCUACAUUAUUGUUGGCUACUGGCCGCUUGGGCCUGUGGUCUGUGACUUGUGGCUAGCUUUAGAUUAUGUUGUCUCAAACGCCUCAGUGAUGAACUUAUUGAUCAUUAGCUUCGAUCGCUAUUUCUGCGUGACCAAGCCCCUCACAUAUCCGGCAAGAAGGACAACUAAGAUGGCAGGGCUAAUGAUCGCGGCAGCGUGGAUCCUGUCCUUCAUCUUGUGGGCUCCUGCCAUCUUGUUCUGGCAGUUCAUCGUUGGAGCGCGAACAGUGCCACCUGGAGAGUGUUAUAUUCAGUUCCUUUCGAACCCUGCGGCGACGUUUGGGACGGCUAUAGCAGCGUUCUAUCUUCCUGUCAUUAUAAUGACAGUCCUGUACAUCCACAUUUCCCUUGCCUCCAGGAGCAGGGUCUCCAAACACAGGCCAGAGAAGAAAGAGAAGAAGGGAAUAAAAACUCCCAGCUUGUUGAAGAGUCACCUGUUGAAGCAGAACAACAACAACGAGACCAGUCCUCAGGCCAGUCCCCGCGGUACUCCCAAACUCAGUCUAGACUCAACCACCACUGCGCUGGAGGCUGUGAAGAACGGCAGAGUGGAGGAACCCAAAACUGUUCCACCACAGCCUACAGCACAGCCCAGUCCAGGACCCACACAGGAGGAAAAAGAGAGCUCCAACGAUUCGUCCACAGCUUUUAUUCCCCCCACAGAACCAAAGCACAACACCAACAACGAGGUCAUAUCUGAGGCUGCAACGAAUCCCAACCCAGUUCCCACGACAACUGCCAACGCUGCAGUGUCCAAGAUCAAUGCCAGCUCGAGGUGGUCCAAGAUCAAGAUUGUAACGAAGCAGGCCGGGGACGAAUGCAUCACAGCUAUAGAGAUUGUCCCCCCCAUACAGGGAACCGCGGGGCAUUCGAUCCCGAUCAGCCGUCCCAGGACUGUGGCAAGAAAGUUCGCAAGCAUUGCUAGAAGCCAAGUGAAGAGGAAAAGACAGAUGGCUGCCAGAGAAAAGAAAGUGACCAAGACUAUCUUUGCCAUCCUGCUGGCUUUCAUCAUCACAUGGACGCCGUAUAACGUCAUGGUGCUGAUCUCAACCUUCUGCCAGUCCUGUGUCCCUGACACCGUGUGGGCUAUUGGCUACUGGCUGUGUUACGUCAACUCUACUAUCAACCCGGCUUGUUACGCACUGUGCAACGCCACAUUCAAAAAGACAUUCAAGAACCUGCUGCUGUGCCAGUAUAAAAACAUCGGUACGAGAUGAGAUGGAAGGAGGAGACUGAGGGUGGGAUGGAUGGGGAAGGGGCAGAGGAUGGAAGAGGGGGCAAUAUUGUUGAAAGGUGAGUUCUGGAGAACAGAAAUGGAUGAUUGAAGGGAUCCUUCUAAAGAGAGGAGCCAUCUGCAGGAGAUGAACUGACUGCCUGUCAUCUCUAUCGGUACUAAAUGUGAGUGUAAGCCAGUGAUUCUUUAACCUGCCCAGCUCCCCCUAAGAUGAAACUAAUCACCACGCUUCUACCUGAUAUGACAGAUGUGUUUCCAACAUACUCUACGGGAGUUCAGGAAUAGCUUCACCACCCAUUAAAAAUGACGUGUCACUGCCGUGGUAAUUAUAACAGCAAGCCAUGCUACAGCUAUAAUCACAACUACAGUCAGUCAGUAUAGAUGUUAACAAGCCUCCACUAGUUAUCUUAAAAUCAGCUGCGAUUAUACAGACUUGUAGCUGAGAGUGUGCACACUCAGUUGUAACUAAAAACAUAUUAUUAUUAUGCCGUAUCCUUGCUGCAUGUUAGAACUUCCUCUGUGGAUCAGAGGGAAUACAUAAAGUAUUAGUUGCUCAAAACUUACUGCGAAGGAGUGGAAAAGUAGGUGAGGAAAAAAAACACACACCGUGACCUUUUGGUGGUCAUUUUUAUAGGGCAAGUGUAGGGCAGCUGUCGUCUGGAAACAAAAUCUAUAACUGGUGGUGAUGUUUCUUAAAUUUUAUCUGAUUUAUUAUUUUUUUAAAACUCUGAUUCUGUAAUGUAAUCUAUGGAUACAAUAGACACAUACAACUGAAAUUAAAAUAAAAUAGAAAGUAAAAAGGAGAGGAGCGAUGACUGGGAGACUUUGACUGCGACUGAAGACAAGGCAAAGGUGGAGGUGGACAGUAAGGAACAGUUGACAUAGUGGAAGACAGAGGAGAAGGUAGCAGCACACAAUGAGGGAAAACAUAAGGUAGCAUUCCACACACUGUGGCAGCCAUGUAGGAGGUAUUUAGCUCAAUUGUAAAUAAGAUAAUUUUGCUUCUAGUAUCAGUUUGUGUUUCUGUCAUUCCACUUCAUAAACCAUCAUAUAACAAUCUGGUUUGACAACCAUCAAAGUCUUGUUUUCAAUAAAUUUGCAUACUACUAGCAUAGAAUGAAAUAGUAGUUAGAAAUAGUUGUAGCUAAGCUCCAUGUCUUGAAACUUUAUAUUAGUUGCCUGCAAUUUGUUAGCUAACAGUUGUUAGUUAAAGGUGCUAAAUUCCAAAUUCAGAUCAUAUCUGCAGUAUGAUUGAGGAAUUGCUUCCACACGGCUCUCAACAGCACAAACUGUGCAAACAAUGGCAACAGUGCUGACAGGGUGGGCGUUACACUUCUGAGAUGACGCCGUCGGUCGGGACGGCUGUAACUGCCACAUGAGCGCAGUGCAGAGAUAGAUUAGCUAGCAAGAGGGGCACGUGCCGACGGCCCGCCUAUCUCUGCUCAGAAAGACAUUAAUUUGUUCAGUACUCUUGCUACAGUGCUUCUAUUGGACCAUAGUCCCCUGGUUAUAUGAUCAUGUAAAUUUGUGUGUCGUCUGCAUAAUGAUUAUUUUGUUGUUUUACAUAAUCUGAGCCGGCGGAAGCAGGUAGAUGUUAAACAGAAGAGUCCCCACAAGCCUUGAGUAACUCCAACAGACACACAAAUUAACUAGGAUUCAAACCAGUUUGUGCCACAAAGUCCCACCCGGUGUUCCAGUCGGUCUAGUGAUAUGUUGCAGUCGACCUUAUCAAAUGCAGCACUGAGAUCUAAUAAACGCUACUGAAAUUCUGCCACCGUCUGUGUUUAAGUGGAAGUCAAAAACAGCUUUUUCAAUGAUUUUACAUAAAAACGGGAGGUCUGAUAUGGGCCUGUAAUUGUUCAUUGGUGACCUGUCUAGAUUGUUCUUUUUUAAGAGUGGCUUGAUGACUGCAGUUUUCAGGGCCUGUGGGGAGUCACCCGAGAGAGGAGAUGUGUUAACAAUUUGUAGAAGAUAUGAGGCUAUGCAAUUUGUUUUUUUAAAAAAGCCUGCUGGUAGAAUAUCAAGGCAGCAGGGGAAGGAUGUCAAAUGUUGUAAAAUGUCCUUCAGGUGUUUAUGGUUUAUCGGAUAAAAUUGUGUCAUGGUGUUUGCAUUGAUUUUAAGUGGACACAGGGACAACACACAUCCUGUACCUGUAUUUUUCAUGUUCAAAUCAAAUAUCAAUUCCAGGAGUCGAUAGGGGGCCAGGUGGGGUGGAAUAGGGUCAUAAGAGUGUUUUAUGUGUGAUGAUUACUAAGUUUUCCUCUUAGAUCAACAACUAUUCCUUUGUGAGUCAUGAGACAGGGUUGAUCUUAGGCCUUACAGGAGCACUAUAGAUUUUUAUAUAUUUCUUCUGUCCAAAUUAAAUGUUUGAUCAGAUGAUGGCAUUAAAUGAAAGUGUAAGAGGUCUAAAUAUUUAGGGCGUAUCCUCUGAUGACCAUGAUAUAGCAUGUACAAAUUUGGCAAUUAGUCAUGAAGCAUCCAAGACACAGAGCGUUCAUCCUCUGAGUACGGACGUGUCACGUAGUUUUGUGGCAAUCUGCCAUUUCGAUUCUGAUAUACCAAGUUUGAUGGUAAUGUGGUAGUAAAAUGGAGAAAAUUUGGUUGACAAACUAAACUAAUCAAAAUCAUUAUCUUUGACUUUAUGCCUGUUCAGAGGCAACAGCAGUUUAUUGUAUUUUCCCUCCUUGAGCGCUUUUCUUUGUUUUAAUGUUUCCACACAUGCCAAGUUGAAUACAGGAGAUGAAAGGCAGCAGAGCCGCAGCCUGAUUGUCUUUAGUCAUACUCCGGUUCCCAUGCUGGUUUGUUUGGGGGUAAGACCGGGAACACUUAGUGUUUUUUAGUAUUUUGGUUGAUGAGUGAGAUCAUUUAGAAGAUAAUCUUGGAGUGGCAUAAAGGAAAUGUGUUUUUUGAGGCAGACGGAGAGGGAAAAAUGAGUGAAAUGUAUUGCUGCUCUUUUCCACCGCGGCUGACUGCUAAUUGGUGAAGCAUCAUGCUGUCGGUGUUCUCUCUCUAUGUGGGUCUGUUCAGGUCCUCCGUGUUUUGGAUUUCUUAUUCUCUGGUACCUUUUUUCAGUUUCUUCAGAUCAGAUUUGGUUAGCGUGUCCAGAUUCAGACUGAUUCCAACAUAUUGGAUCUGUGAAUGUCCUCUCCUGUUUUAUAAUGUUAUAGAGUUAUAUUGUACGGUAUUAAAUGUUAUUCUAGACUGCAAGCUAAUCUUUUACAGAGUUGGUUUGUACGGUGUGUAGAGGGAGGGGACGAAACAAAGACAAGAGCUAAGAGGAUGGGAGAGAGAGAAUGGAGUACAGAUAGAGAGAGAGAGGGAAAGAGGAAACAUCUGGAUGGGAGGAAAUGGAGAAGAGGGAAUUCGGUAAAAGGAAUGACGAGCCUGAGGAAGAAAAUUAGGCCACAAUAGGAGGAGAAUAGAGGAAGUACAUGAAUUCCUCAUUAAGUCCUGGGCUCCCAUCCCUAAUGCUCAUGCUCAGACAGACAAUUAGACAGACUAAAAACACAAUUAUUCAUCUAAAAUCAGGAUAAAAUCCCGUCUUCCAGAACCAUCUUAUUAGUAUAAAGAAUUCUUAAGUUCUUAUUAACCCUCUGAGACCCACAAUAGACCCAUUUUAGUCUUUUCUUAGGGGGGUACAGGGGGUCUUUAGGGGGAGAUAGCAGGUCAACAGUAGAUGUCACAUAGA